UGCACAUCGGAAGGCCUCGGGAACCAGGCUACAGUCUAUUCUGUUUUAGCGGCUUAUAAUAGACCAAAUAUAGGGGGCCUACUAUGAUUUAGCCUGGUUGUAAAUCAAGUGAACGUGUUUAUUUGACAGUAUUGGUAUUUUAAAUUAUAUUUUUUUUGUUAUUUCUUUAAAAAAUGUUUCCCUUUGCCUUUCCCAAAUAAGACACACUUGCGUGUAGAGAAGAAGACGAAAAACCCCAAAACUAUAUAAACCCCGUUCUAGUCUAUAUCAACAAUAGCGUCACCGGUGGCACACUGCAAAGAUGAGCAAGAGAAAGAAUGCAACGACUGACAAUCCCAACAAGGAUUUCUGUGACUUCCUGACGGAAUUGGCAAAUUAUGAGAAAAAUGUCAACAGACAAAUGCACAAAUAUAAUGCCUACAGAAAAGCAGUGGGUGUCCUGGCUAAGCAUCCAACACGGAUCAAGAGUGGAGCAGAGGCUAAGAAACUGGAUGGAGUAGGUGAAAAAAUUGCAAAGAAAAUAGAUGAGUACAUUGACACUGGAUCCUUAUUGAAAUUAGAAAAGAUAAGAGCAGAUGAUACCAAUGUGGCUAUUAAUGAACUGGCAAAAGUUACAGGAAUAGGACCUGCUGCAGCUCAGAAGUUGGUUCAGGAGGGGAUCACCUCCAUCGAAGAGUUGAGAAAACAUCCAGAAAAACUUAAUCACCACCAACAAAUAGGAGUCAAACAUUUUGAAGACUUUGAAAAGAGAAUUCCUCGAGCUGAAAUGGAGCAGAUUCAGGACACUGCCUUUGAUGAGAUCAGAAAGCUGGAUGAUAAAUUUGAGGCAAGAGUAUGUGGCAGCUUUAGAAGAGGUGCUGAAUCCAGUGGGGACAUAGACUUCCUGCUGACUCACCCGGACUACACUUCAAAAACCAAAGGAAAGACAGAUCUCCUACAUCAAGUUGUGAAGAGACUGGAGAAGAAAGGACUGAUCACAGACACAUUGUCUCAUGGGGACUUUAAGUACAUGGGAGUUUGUCGGGUGUUAGAAUCUGGAUCCAGUCCUAGUACCUCCAAAGAACGACCAUUUAGAAGGAUUGACAUCAGGUUGAUACCACAUGACCAGUACUACUGCGCUUUGCUGUACUUCACAGGAAGUGAUGUCUUUAACAAGAACAUGAGGGCCCAUGCCCUGGAGGUGGGCUUUACCUUGAAUGAGUAUACCCUUAGACCUAUCGGCAGCACCGGGACCCCUGGUGAGCCCCUCCCAGUGACAUCAGAGGAGGACAUCUUUGAUUAUCUUGGAAUGGAAUACAAACAGCCAUAUCAGAGGAUUUCGUAAUCAGUCACAUUAAUCACCUCAGGAAUUCUUUGUCAAAACAAUAAUCUUUUGUGAUUAAUUCACAUCAUCUUCUUCAUUAGUAUGCGUAUACAUCUAUUUAGAAUUUUGUGGAGUAGUUAACAAACCAACCACGAGAAAUGUAAGGUUUGUUUUUCAUUCGAUGCAUUUUGCUUGUAACAUUAGAUGACAUUGUCUUAGUAUUUGCAUGUAAUAAUUGUUAAGGAGAAAUGUCACCUGUGUAUGUUGUGUGUAUUUGUAUUGAAUAUCUUGUAAAUCUGACUAUGGUUUGUAUUUGUAAUUAUUGUCCUGUAAAUCUGACUAUGGUUUGUAUUGAAUGUCCUGUAAAUCUGACUUUGGUAUGACCUCAUGGACUCUGGCAGCUAAUGAAAUGGUCCUUCAUCACUGUUAUAUAUUUAUACAUGAGUGUAUAUACACGAGACUGCAAUUAAAGUUUUAUCAUUGAAAUGAUACAGUGUA